AUGCCACUUGGUAGCCGCCCAGCAAUUCCAAUGCUGAUCGCAGUUGGCUUCAUGCUCCUGAUCAUUUCCUCCCCUAUUGUCUCGCGGGCAAUUAUUAGUACUACUCGUGCUAUUAACCCGGAAAAGCCUUGGCUGAGUCGGCAAGCUGAUUUGCCCCAGUCGCACACGUUUGUGAGCCGCCCACCAGCAGGGGCAGAACCUCGUCGAUCAUAUUUGCCUGCUCCUGUUACCCUGUACACGGCCCAGCAAUGGGGAGAUUUGAUGCGUCUGGGCAACACGCGAGCUAAAAAUAUCAAUGCUCUAUUGACGGACGUGAAAGAUUUUUUCUUUCCCCUCUCUCUCGAGGUCAAAGAAAGCCCGCACUUUGUUGACCCAGUCGGCGUGAAUUUGUAAGUGAGCUACUGUAGGUACCUGGGGGCUAAUGCAUCACGCGUAUUUCGUUACCACGAAGGACUCAGAAAUGGAAGCGUCUAUUUCGAGCUC